AUGGCUGACGCAGACAAUGCUACUCGAGCUCCCGAGAGCGACGCCCAGGAGACCAGCGCUGCUGUUGUCGGCGAACACUGUGUAACCGACAGGCCUACUCCGUCUGGACAGGCCUCUACCGGCGAGAUCAUCAAGCUCAAUGACGUUGAUGUCUACAUCUCCAAGCCCACCGACUACCCUCAUGCCCCUUCCCGACUCCUCCUCCUCCUCACCGGAGGUACAGGCAUCAAGUCCACCAACAACCAGAUCCAGGCCGACAAGUUCGCCUCGGAGGGCUACCUCGUCCUCAUGCCCGACCUCUUCGCCGGCGACACAGCCCCAGGCGCAACCGCUGUCACCGAUGACUCCACAUCUAUCCUUGAGCAGUUCAAGCUAAAGGCUGUCGAGGUUACAAAAUCGUUCCUCAUUGACAUGUGGCUCGCCCGCGUCACUGAGGACCGCGUCAUGCCAAUCCUGCACAAGGUGAUCGAUGCUGCCCGGGAGCAGUACGCAGACUCCAUCCAGCGUGGCGAUGGCAUCUAUGCGGCCGGGUAUUGCGUCGGUGCGCGGUUCGUUUUGCUUCUUGCCAAGAAGACAAAGGUUGUUGAGGGGGAUGCCGAGAGCGGAGGACUCAAGUCCGGGCCAUUCAUCAAGGCCGGUGCUUUGGCACAUGCCGCCUCAGUCACCCCCGAUGACUUCAAAGACAUCAGUGCUCCUCUGAGCCUGGUUUGCGUCGAAAAUGAUCCUCUCUUCACCGAUGAGGUGCGGAUAGCAGGAGAGGAUACCAUGUCUGAUGCAAACCUAGAGCACGAGGUCCAGGUAUAUCCUGGAGUGCCGCACGGGUUUGCCGUUGUCGGCGAGUAUCAGGAUGCUGCCAUCAAGGACGCCCAGGCUACAGCGUAUGAGCAGAUGCUCAAGUGGAUUCAGUCACAUUGA